AUGCAGCAACUUGCCCAGUACUGGAAUGAGUGUUUGAAAAUUGCUGAAGAAGAAAAAUCGGAAGCAAACGAAGAAAUUGAGCGACUCCAAAUCGAGAUGAGAGGUCAAUCUCGAAAGCUCGAGGAGGCGCGGCUUCUCCUGAGUCAAAAAGAGGUGCAAGUAAAUGAGCUCGAGUCUCAAAAUUCAGUCUUGAAAGAGCACGACAACGGCACUACCAGUCAAAAUGCCAGGUUGACUGAGGAAGUAGAUGAGCUGCGCAAAGAGCUAUCAAAUUCCAACAUUAAGAUCUCUCAUCUGGGAGAAAAGUGCAGAACAUUCAAGGAUAAAAUUAAUGAAGUGUUAACAGAACAACAGACUUUAUAUGGACAAGUUGAAUCUUCUUUUCAAGCCGCUGUCACAGAACUUGAACAGGAAAAGGCCAAACGUGAGACUGAUGUUAAAGAGAUUGACAACGCUCUCGAUCUCUGCGAGAAGAAAAGGGAACAGAUGAAGAGAGAGUUCGAGGAUAUACAUGCUCGAGAUCAAAAUGAGAUUUACCAAAGCAAACAAACGAUUUCACUCCUCACGAGUGAGAUCAAAGCCCAGCAUGAAGAGGCCAUGGCACGAGAGAAGGACUUAGCUGAGAACCUGCGAAGGCAAAGCGAUAUUCAGUAUCAAAAUGGGCAGGAGAAGCUGCAACAUGUCGAAUCUAAAGUUGAUCUCGUUCUUGACGCCUGUAGACAGCGUUUCCAGAAAGAAAACGAAAACAGUGCGCCAAUUGCUUCUAUCUCAGACAAGAUAGAUCUUGUCGUAGAUGUCAUCGGAUCUACACCCAGCAAAAAUCAGCAAAAACUGUUCGAGACCAUGAGAUCGGCUAUCGAACCAAUUGCCCAAGGGCUUGAAAACCGGAUUGUGUCCCAAAUAUCUUCAAGAAUGCAUGGAGAGUUUUCCAAAUAUAAUGAGCUUGAGAAAACUAUUUCCAAGUUUGCGCAAGCCUUUCAAGACGAACUCGCCAACAUUCAACAGGUCAUAUCUUGGCAGCUUGAAGCGAAGAGGAUUGAGCAACCAUCCAACACAGACCAUUUGCACAAUACAAUUGUUGAAUCGCUCAAAGACAUGAGAGAUGGAAUAAAUUCCACCAAGGAAUUGUGUGAGGGUACACGGAACGUUCAGCAUGAACUAAACAAAGUCAUAAGCAAUGCUUUAGUAUCUGCCACUGAAUCGGAGAGAGAUUGCCUUACGGGAAAGAUCGAAGAGAGAGAUUCAGAAAUAGAUCAUCUCCGGCACCAACUCGUUUCCCUAAAAGACGAACAUUCUGCCAAAUUGGAGGCUUUUAGCGCCAAGGAGGCUGCACAGGAACAGACGAUUAUCACACAACUACUUAGAGAAAAUCUACAUCACAUCGGCCAAAGCUUUCAGCAAGAAUUUGAAAGAGAGAGACAAGAGUUUUCUGAAAAGAUGAGUCAUGAUGAAAAGGCAAACGAAAUUCUUCGAACACAACUACAAGAAGCAAUCAAUAAGAUCAUUGAGCUAAAAGUGCCAGGAUCUCCAGAUGCAGAGAAGUUAGAGGAACAGCUCCAGGGGGAGAGGCAUUCAGUUGCCUCGCUGACUCGCAAGAUUGGGAAUUUGGAGCAGGAACUCAAAAACACUGAAAUACUUCGAGGGCAAUGGCACCAGGGCCUCACGUCGGUCAAUAACUUGAAAGCUAAGCUCGAGGCUGCUGCCCAGCGUCUGCCAAAAGUCGAGGCAGUAGCCGCAAGACUAAAUGGAAUCACGCGCUUGAACGAUGUUAUCAACUCAACUACGAAAUUUUUCGACGUUGAGAAGGAAUGGCUCAAAACAGAGCUAUCUGGAAGAAGCCAGGUUGAAGAAUCGAACCCUGACGAUCAACUUGGCUCUAAAAGGAUCGUCACUUCGACUUCUCAAGAUCCAAUCUUGAAACUCAACAGCCUUCCAUUUCCGUCAGGAUUUUUACCAACUAACCAAAAAGUGGAGAGUCUGAUCGAAGAAAACUUGCAUGCAGAAGAUGCAUCACGCCGGAAAGUGCUGGUUUACAGCCCGACUGGUGACUCUGAGUCUCCGUCACCCCCUCCAUCGAUUGGCCAAGAACAAAAGCGCCGGCGAGAGGCU